CCGGGAAAUGGAUUUUCCUCGGGCCGGGAAAGGCGAAUCCUCCCGGCGGGCGCCGCGCGCGCUGACCAGGACCGCCAGUCGCGCGUGUCGCCUCGGACCGGACGAGUGAGCUCCGCGCGGAGUGACCUGUCCCGGCGGCCGACGUAACCUCCGCGCACGCCGCCCGAUAAAGCGUCUCGCGCCUUCGUGCCCGUGCCCGAGCAGUGCGCGCAGUGCCGCGGCCCGCUUCCGAGCCGAGGGACCAGGGGGGGCGGGCCGAAAGUGCCCCCGAGGACGCGCGCCGACCGUCGCAAGGCCACGGGACCGUCUCUGGAAUUUCGACGAGACGGGGGCCGAGUCCAGGUCGCGAUCGCGCUCUUCCAAACUAAGAAUGAAAUUCAUCGAGCGGCUUAGCACUCGACUGUGAAAUUCACCUGGAAGUUGGAAAAUAGAUCGUCGAUCUGAGCUUUUUCUGUGAAAGCUCCAGGAAGUGCAGGACGUCUCUACUUUUACGAGAGGUGUCAAGAUAGAGAGGACACCUCGUGGGGCGAGAAGUUUCCCCUGUUCUCCGAGUUGCUCCGAACUGAGGAUGGACCAUGCCAAGGUGAGGGGCGUCCUCGCAGGUGAGCCUCCCUCGAGCCCUGGGCCGAUCUCUCGCUCCCCAGCAUCCCGGGUCUCCCGCGAGGUCUCCCGCGCCCUUCCUGAGGAAGUCCGAAUCGGUCGGGGUGCCCGGCGGGUAGCCAGGGGUGCCAGGGCGGCGAUGCGACGAUGAGCCCGGCGAACGCGGGCCAGCCCGUCACCCGACACCCCCGGACCGAGAGACCACCCAGAGACCGGAAGCUAGACCGGAACCGAGACCGGAAGUCUCGCCGCGAGACCAGGCCAUGGACCAGGAGACGAGGAACGGGACCGGCAGCUGCGACGAGGACGAGAGCUCCGUUAACGUUUACUUCCUCGUCGGAGACCGCAGGGAGGUCGCCACCUUCCGGCCCGAUCAGGUUACCAAUCAGGAGAUCAAGGAACUCUUCAGAAGCGCCGCGGAGGCUGGCCCUCUGGACAUCGUGAAGCUUCGAAAGGGUGAAAAGCUCCUGAACAUUUCGCCCAACCUUCCACCGAACACUCCUGAAACGCCGUACACCCUGCAGGUUGUCGGCGUCCACCCUGUGACUUCGGGGAUGAUCGAGGCAGAUUUAUUACGCGCCCUGGAAAGGCGCGUAGCAGCCCUGGAGCGAGAACUUCGCCAACACCAGGAAGCAGCUUCGACGGCACCUUCUCUGGCACUUCGGGAGCUGAAACGACAGGUCGACAUCUUCAAGAACAAGUUGGAAACUACCGAGCAUCUCAGCUGGCUGGGAUUCUACAAACAGCUUCCGGAGCCGAUUUCGUCCGAGGCCUGUCGAAGACUGCAGUAUCGCCGGAAAAGCGACAGCGUGAAGCGCAAAGUACGCGAGAAGUUCCUUAACAUCUGCGACGUAACGGUGUCGACGAGUGUGCGAGAGUGGCUGAGGUCUCCAGCUUUUGACGCCCGACAAUGGGAAGAUGAGGAGUUGUUGUUGAUGCUGCAGACCAUGUUCGUCGAGCUCGACUUACCGCAGAAAUUCAAUAUUCCGCUGUCGACCUUGAGGAACUUCCUCUUCGAGGUUUACAAUAACUACAACGAGGUUCCUUUUCACAAUUUCCGGCACUGCUUCUGCGUGGCUCAGAUGAUGUACGCGAUAGCCUGGGCCGUCGAUCUGCCUUCAAAGAUCGGCUACCUCGAGGUCUUCGUGUUGAUCGUCUCGUGCAUUUGUCACGACCUGGAUCAUCCUGGUUACAACAACAUCUACCAAAUAAAUGCACGAACUGAGCUCGCGUUGCGCUACAAUGACAUUUCCCCUCUGGAGAACCAUCACUGUUCGGUGGCCUUCAGGGUGCUGGAAGCCCCGGAAUGCAACAUCCUCGCAUCCUUAAAUUCCUCGACCUUCAGGACAGUCCGAGAAGGCAUCAUCAGGUGCAUCCUGGCAACGGACAUGGCAAGGCACAACGAGAUCCUGGGUCAAUUCACGGACGUCGUGCCCGAGUUCGAUUACUCCAACAAGACUCACAUCAACCUGCUCUCUAUGAUCCUGAUCAAGGUAGCCGACAUCAGCAACGAGGCAAGGCCCAUGGACGUGGCCGAGCCUUGGUUGGACAGCCUUCUUCAGGAGUUCUUCAAGCAAAGCGAUGCCGAAAAGCUGGAAGGUCUUCCUGUGACUCCAUUCAUGGACCGUGACAAGGUGACCAAGCCAUCUUCUCAGUGCAGCUUCAUCGGCCUGGUCUUGUUGCCGCUCUUCGAAGCCCUGGGCGAGCUGUUCCCAGAACUCCAGAAUCUGAUAGUGAAGCCAGUCAGAGAAGCCUUGGAGUACUACCGUCGCUUGAACGAGGCAGCUAAGGAUGAACGUCACCACAGGAAGAGCCUGGUGGACCUGGGAGAGUCCUCGCACUGCUCGACUCCUGGGAACGGACAGCCAGUCGUGAAGUCGGCCUCUUCGCAGAGCGUUCGUUCCAAAAAGUCAGCAGGGACGCAGCAUUCCAGGUCGCGUUCGAUGGAUGACGAAGGGGAAAACCUGACGAUCGAGGAGAUGGAAAACAUCGACUCUUCGGAUCCGGAAACGGCGACGGAAGUCGAGAUCAGCGAGAAGACGUUGAAGUUCAAGAUCUCCACCGAGGGGAACCUCGCUGGCAGGAAGAGUCAUCCUGGAAGUCGGAAAGGCAGCCGAGAAAAGACCACCUUGGACUACUACACUCAUGAUUUGAUCAGGGAAAUCAGGGAGCAUGAACGAGAGAGGAGGAAAAGUCGGGGGGAGCACUUCAGCAGCGACAUGAGUUCUCCGGUGAGCGCCAGAUCAGCAGACGAGCCCAGGAUCCUGGAGGAGCUGGAAAAGGACGAGGUAGUCUUCGUGGAAGCAAGGAUUUCGGACGAGAGGCCCGAAGGCAAUGGCAAUGCGGUUCCGGUGGACGUUUUGGGCGGGAAGAAAGCGUCUAUAAUAAGCAUCGAGGAGGACAUGAAGAACUCCAGGAAGGACUCCAUCAGAGAAGGGGUGCGUUGCUGUUGCGACGACUCCAGAGACAAGAGCACCGCUAAUAACCACGGUAAGUCGCUGCUGACCAGACUUCGGAACUUCACAGACCGCUUAAGUAUUAGCUUCGAUUCCAAGGAGCCCCCAGUCCCAAAACAAACCAAACACCCGAACUCGAAGACGCUGAACAAGAGCAACUCGAUAACCAGCACUUCGUCGAAGCAUACUCCGUCAAUCUGUAAAAAGUGUAACCUAGCGAAAAGUAACAAAGAGAACGAUGUGAAAACGGAGGUGACGACCGUGCGGGCCAUGACCCUGCCGAAGGCGAAGAAGUCUCAGGACGGGAAGAACAAGAGCUGGAGAACGGUGUUCGCCAAGGAGAAGAGGCCCUCGGUGUCCUUGGAAGCGCUACCAGCAGUGGACUCCCAGGAGGCGAUAGUCGCCAAACACAGGAGGAACUUCUCGAACCCUGAAGGUAAAACUAGCCCUAUAGCGAAGAAUCUAAGCCUGAGGGAACCUAAAGGGAUGAACUUCAAGGAGAUAGAUUUAAGGUCGAAGCCGGAAAUCGUCGUGGACCCUAGCAGCAGCACGACGAUGAUCGGCAAGGACAUCGGUAAGGUAGAGAUCAGGAGAAGUUCCGCGAGCAUGGAGGAUAUUUCUAAGAUCACUAAACAAAACGAGCCUCCUUUGCUAGGAUCCCUAGACGACAAGAAGACCGAGGAGCUCCAGCACACGGGGAGUUUGGAUUCGAUGCUCUAUAAGGAGUCCUUGAUCGGAAAGAAGCCCGUGGCGUUUUCCUCCCCGGGGACGUCGAAGAAGACUUCUGCUGGCUUGUUCUCCAGGUUCAAGUCUGGGAUGAGCAUGGACUCGGGGGCUCGGAGCAAUAGUGGAUCUUUGCACGAGCCCCAGUCCCCGGGUGGAUGGAUAUCCUCUCUAACAGCUAGCUUCAGACCAAAAAGGCAAGCCAGCGAGACUCCCUCGUCGCCGCAUUGCUCGCAGUCGCCUAAUCUCGAGGAACCGAAGUGAGGCCGAUUGUCCGGAUCGAUCCUGAAGAGAGGAAAAUGCACGCUGCUCCGUGGAGAACCUGGACGGUUCUUCGAAUAGGCCGCCAGCUGAGGUGGACCUCGUCGAAGUCGAAACACCAGGAUGCCGGACGUUCUAUGCGACGAUGGCGAAGAGGACGCUGAAGAUCCCGUGGCAUACAAGAAGCGAGAGGAAGAUUGCUCUUCCUUCUGCAGCGCCGGAGGAAACACGAUGGAAAGCAGAAGAGAAUCCAAAGAGUCUGGAUGAAGUCGACCUUCUCUUUACUCCCGAGGAGGCGUCGAGGAUAUUAAGAGCACUCUUGAGAUGACGAUGACGAUGAACCGAAUGAAGAACCUGAACACUCGGAUGAUACCCUGAAAAAUGUUCCGGGGUGAAAAUUUGAACGUGGUUGGCUUUCUUCAAGGAUAGACGAGCUGGAUGCCGGCCAUCCGAGGUAUUGAUGUGAUCUGAGCUGAAUAAAUAACAAAUGAGGGGAGUUCUAAAAUCCUGAUUGAGGUAGAACACUCACUCACGUUCACAAUAAUGCCGAUAAGAUGUUAAAGUUCGCCAUUUUGGAUUACUGAAGAGGCUUGGUGACCUCGAUGUCGAUGAAAACGCUCAAUAUUCUAAUUGAUGAAGACCUCAACAUGCUCUGGUCUCUCUAUAGAAAUAAUCUAAUUUGACGAAAGACUCUUCCUUUGAGAAACCUCUUCUUGUCAAUGCUCGUUUGUUCAGUAUAAUCCACGCAAUUUAAUUCUAACGAGCAUCUAUUCAACAUUGUGUUGGUACCUUCGUCGUACCAUUCAAAUGUAUGAAUUCAUCUUCAUUAGUUCCAACCGUUUUUAUAUAUUGGCAACCAUCGGAUGUGUUUAGAAUCGUCAUCGUUACUUGCAAAAGAGUACCUUUAAGAAGCACUUUUGCCAAGGGCACAACUUCGGGAACGGAUUGCCAUUCCCGAAGGAGCGGAAGAAUGCCGGCUAUCCAUUGUAAGGGUAACCUUGAAGACCUCCUGAAGGAGUCCAAAGAAAGUUCAAAGAAGGUCCUUUUUCCAUUCUGUUAAUGUCUGAAGGCUUCGAGGAAUGGGCCAAUCAGGGGCGGUGCCAAUACAAUUCCACGGCUGCUCGAUAUCCCAGACUAAGAGUACUAUAAGGCCCUAGACUAUUUUAUUUAUUGUCUAACCGAACGCGUAGCUUAACGAGUAAUCAUUAAUGUUGUUCGUUAUGUAUAUAUAUACAUAUACGUAUGGAGUAUAUACAUCGUAUAUAUACAUGCGCAUCCAGAUCCACUCACUGGUACAUAUAUAUACACCCACAUACCUGCACACACGGAUCUAAAGAUAGAUUGUUAGGUAGACGAACAGAUAGGCGGAUACGAGUAGAUUGUUAGGUAGUUAUAGUCGCCAUAAUGAUUAAAUUCAAAAAGUCGUAACUGUCCUGAAUGUUGCCGAAGUUCCCGCGGAGGUAUCGGAAAAUGUCUGCAAGUGCCGGGCGAUUGUUUUCCCGGAUGCGAAUCCGAUUUCCGUGCACGGCACCGGACCCGCUGUAUUGAAUCUCUUCAGAUCAAAAUGAGACUUCAGUUCCUUCGAUGAUAAACGACCACGCAUCUUGGUCCACCAUUCCCCAGUAGAGAUGGCUGAUCUUCGUUUGAAGGCAUUCAAUACGGCUAAUCUAACGUCAGUGACUACAGACAGAACUUAGGAGUUUCUAAGAGUGCCACGAAACUGCUCCACUUUUGUAAAAUCAUCUCUAUGCAAGUCGCUGCCUUUUUAUGAGAGACGCCAUACGAUCUCGCGAUGUUCACUCUCAGAAUUUUAUCAGACAUUGCCGUUAAAGAUGUCAGCCUAUGAUUAAAUACUUGACUUGAGUUUAGGUGAGGAGACGUAAGGCUCAUUUUCCAGCGACUACGUCGCGCCAAUCUCGCCCAAACUGAAUACGUAUAAAAUUCGUAGUUGAUUGAUUGACUGAGAACUUCAACGCGUUGCAUCUAUCAAAAGGUCUUACCUUUUGUCUGUAGACACUGAGGACCCUAACCCUCGCCGAACUGUAACGAUCACAGUGAUAAUCGUCACAUUCGACCUUUCCACGAUCAGUUUCUCUAUGGUAUCGCACUUUCGUUUUUUUUUUUUUAGAUGUUUAUAUUUUUAUACUCCAAUGACUACAUGGCAAAUAUGACUAUACGGCGACUAAACCGCAUGUAUUGUUGAACUCUAGUCUUACGUUAUGGUCGCGGUCCCAACAAUUCUACGGACCCUGUUCUUCCCCGAUCAACCUCUUCGUGUCCAUUUUACAAGAUAAGAUGAUUUUUUGGACACACUUCUGCUUUUACCUGGCGAUCUAUUUCCUUUCUUAAAUCGUAAAUUCUUCUCUCUGUUGAUACAAUAAAUUCCCGGGCAUUUAUCGUCUUUGGCACCAUUGAUCUCUACUGCCUGAAAGAUUUCUAUUCAGUCUUGAAUAUCUGUCCGAGCAGAUUUUACUUUCUUGACAAUUGAUAAGGGGUUCGAUAAAAAUCAAAACUGUCACCUAGACCUGAAACGAGGCGGUAAUACCGAAAGACUUAUUAAGCAAGUAAAAUCACCGUUAAUAAAUUGUCGGGUUUUGCGAAGUUUGUAAAUUGUUUAAUGAGAUGGGUGUUUAUUACUUCUUAGUUUAAUUACUCGGUCCUGUAAUAACAAUAUUUCAUUGCGCGGGUUUGUCCAUCAUUACUCAUGUCCAUCGUUGGGUAUUAUCCUCCUCUUUCCGGUUUUCUCUCGUCAGGAACAUUUUGAACGCCGACACUCGGCAUCGAACUAUUGUUAAAUACUACCUUGUGCCUGAACUCUAUUAUUUAUUUAUUACUCCUUCUAAUCUAUCGUCCCGUGUAAGAGCGCUGGAAUUGAAAUACCAUUCUUUUUUCUUUCGAAACUCACCCGACAUUCCUCGACGAACAUCGUAACUUAUGCAUAUCUUUAAACAAUGCAUUGGACAAUGAACAAAAAGUAAAAAUUUAUUCCGUACAGUGUCCUGAUUAAAUUGUAUGACUAACAAUGACCAUUUAGCAUCACACUCGAAGCGAUGUUUAUUCGGACAAAAUGAUAGGUCAUCGACGAUAUACGAGUACUAAAUAAAAUGGAUAUAGUAACUUGUAACUCCUGGUAUGCUAUGAUCUUACAUAAUUGGCACUUUCCAACUACAUAAUGUAAGCAUAAACAAUUCGGCGUGAGUUUCGAAAAGAAAAGCCGACGAAUUGGCCUAAUCGUCGCAAUGGUGGGCCAACUAUCUCGUAUGUCAACCGUUUCAGCACCGUAUGACUGUCAAUUGAUUAGUUAUUUAUUCACACGAGAGAUAAUUGUUAUCACACAUCG